CCGUAGCUACACUAUUCAAACAACUGAUGCCGGGGGGAUGACAAUAAAAUAUUGUAUAAAGCAAACGAUUCAAAAGUGAACUAUUUCCGAUGUAAUUGAAGAAAUAAUAUUUUUAAAAACAUGCCAGAAAAACCUCGCGGACGCAGCUCAGAAGCACUUUUGCAACACUUCAAGGCCUUGGUGCGGAGGGUAAGACUGUUGCAGAGAUCGCUUAAAGCCAUGGGUGGUUCAAAAUUUACUCGCUCUAUGUUGAGCAUAGACCCAUAUUCCGAAAAUAAAGUGGCAUUACUCAGAGCGGCGUUAUUACUCAAUGUGAUAACGAGAUACAGAAAUGAAUUGAAGAUUCUAAUGAUUACGGUGCCAGUUCAUGUUUUCCCACCAUGGACCCUGUUCAGCUGGUCUCUACAACAAUUUAGAAACAGAAUGGCGACAGAUAUUCCGUCUUAUUUAGAUGCUUUCGAAGCUAACUCCGAUGAAGUGAAAAAUAUGGCAAAAAUUAAUGCUGAGCUCGCAACUCUAAUUGGGAUUGGGAACUUUUUUAUUGAAGACAUUCUUGGAUUUGGAGUUGAUUUUUCGGAUUCGAUGAUAGCAAUACGAAACAUGAAGUCAUUGCUGCAUAUCGAAAAUCAAUAUUUUAAAGAAUAUCAAGAAAAAAGUAAAACGCUUUCAUGGAUGUAUGAGAAAUUGGAAUCUUAUGACUUGAUUGUUACCGGGGAGCGCUCCUUUUCUUCGAAUCAUAUGCGCAUGAAUUUCGAAGAAGAUGAUUCAGAUUUAGAAGAGGAUAUUAUCAACCAUUGGACCAAUACAGAAGUGGAGAACCGUUAUCGGAGAGCCUAUCUGAAGUUGCAAAAGAAGCAGAUAGAGCAGAAAACCCAAAACGCUGAAGACCUAUUGCUCACAAAUAUAUCCAAUUAUAUCUACAAAUACCAAAAUGAAGAAAGUGCCUUUCGAAGCAUCAAACAUGUUAAUCAGAACAUAAUCAACCAGAGAAUUCAGGACGAAAUUUUGGUUAUAACAAAUAAAUACGAUUACGAAUCUGAAAAAUUGGACAUAGAGCGCAGUAGAAAGAAGACGCAAAUUGGAGAAUUAAAAAGAAAACGAUUGAUAAUGGAAGAGAGGUUAGCAGAAAUGAGAGAGGAAAUAGGGGCUGAUAGGUUGCGACCAAUAGUGAAACCUACUGUGCACUCUGUGCUAGAUAAACUGAUCGAAGCAAGAAAGAUCAAACAGAAGCAGGUUCCACCAAAAAAGUCAAAAAAAGGAAGAAAGAAGAUAAAGUAACUAUUUUUUUACUGUCGAAUCUACAACUUGCUAUUUUUACGAUUUUUUAUAACUAAUGUACACCAGCUAAUAUAUAUUUUAUAAUUGUUUAAAACUCUGUUAAUAAAAAAAAACUUUAUACGAGA